AUUACAGAACUCAGGCAUGGCUUCACUCAACCUUCACUCUCUUCACUCCCUUCACUCUCCUCCUCACCCAUCACAAUUCUCAUCCCAUUUCCUGAAUACGAUUUCACUUCAAUUUUCCUCUCCAAUUCCGUUCCCAACUCUAAUUAUUCGCCAAUUCAACCGAAUCUCGAGACCCUAUUGUUUCAAUGAACAAAUGGACGUCCCUCUUGAUUCAUCCUCAGCUUUGUCCACCACCAUGGACAAAAACGCUGACCUAGUACUGGAUAGCAACAAAAAUGAAUUGAUUCGGAACGCUGUGUGGGUGGGCGUGGCCACGAUCGCUAGCAAGAUUCUGGGAUUACUCAGGGAGAUUGUUCUAGCUUCAGUUUUCGGGAUAGGCCCGGUGGUUACUGCAUUCAAAUAUGCUUCAGUGAUUCCUGGCUUCGCUGCAUCGCUUUUGGGUGGUGUAAAUGGUCCUAUCCACAUUACUAUGGCUACCACUCUAAGCAAGCUCCCAGAGGUGCGGAGGAGGAAGCUGUUUCAACAUACAAAUGCUUUCAUGUUCCUGGUAGGAGCUGCUGUGGGCUCUGUUGUGUUUGUAUUUGCUGAGUCCAUUAUUCAUAUUUAUGCUCCUGGAUUUUGGGUCUUGGCAGAAGGACAAAUAACUAGAGAAAUAGCAAUUGCACAACUGAAAAUAAUGGUUCCCUGCAUAAUUUUUGCUGGUCCUGUUGGACUUGGCUUUGGAUAUAUGAGUGCAGAAGGAAGUAACUUCCUUCCUUCUAUUAGCCCUGCUUUGUCAAGCAUGCUCAUAAUUGCCACUUGUAUUGUACAUGUUUUCAUGAGACGAUUAAAUCCUCUUCUAGCAGGCGAUGCAUUAUCUGGUGGAAUGCUAAUAUCUUUUGGAGCUUCAAUUGGUGCUUUUCUGCAGUGGAUUAUCCAGGUCAUUAUGCAUGAGAGAAUGUGGCAUAAUUCCAAUCCGGUUCCAUGGAUGAAUGUUUUAAAGGAUAAAGAUGUUCAUGAGUUUUUCUCAUUGAUGCUUCCAGCCACAAUCAGUUCAGGCUUGACACAAAUUGCAUCGUUCACUGAUUUUUAUUUUGCAUCUCUCAUACCUGGUGCUGCUGCUGGUAUCUCUUAUGCUUAUCUUUUGGUCAUGGCACCAUUGGGCCUACUUUCAAGCAUGAUUGUACUGCCUCUUCUACCUACUUUCUCAAGAGUGGCAAAGACUUUAUCAUGGCCUCACCUAAUGGAGAUCCUCAUACGAGCAGUUCUACUUUGCAUGGUACUAAUCCUGCCUGUUUUAUCAACAAUGUGUGUAUUGGCAAAACCAAUCAUCCGUGUAUUAUUUCAACGAUAUGCAUUUGAUUCUGCAGCAAGCACUCUGGUUUCUUCUCUGUUUCUUUGUUAUUCUCUUGGCUCACCAUUCUACAUCAUCAGAGAAUUGCUAGAUGCAAUUUUUUAUGCCCUUGGAGAUGGACAACAACCAUUUCUCAUCACUGUGUGUGCUAUUGCUUUGAAUGCCAUCCUAGACUGGCUUUUUAUCUCCAGAUUCCACCUUGGAGCACAGGGACUGGCACUUUCAACGUCAAUUGUUACUGCUUUGUCAGUCUUGAUACUGUUCCAUCUCCUCGUGAAGAAAUUAGCAGGAGUAAUUGACUAUGCAGCACUGGUGUGUCCUCUCUUGCUUCUAUUUUCUUGCUGUGUUGCCUCUGGCCUCACCACAUCCUUUGCCUAUAAGACAUUGCAAAGUCUUUUGUCCUCUGUGUUUAUCCUAAGGUUUCAUAGGAUUCAAGAGUUGCUCUCCAUUUCUAUGGCUGGUCUUGCAGGGAUCAUUAGCUUUUUCUUUCCACUUAUUGUGCUUCAUUUCUCCGGAUUCAGACUAGUGAGGGAAAUGUCCGAUACAUUGAAGAACAGAUAGUACAAUUUUAAAUCCUCAUUCUCAAUACCGUCCCUUAACGAACGUGGCUGUACCUCCAUCCAGACUGAAUUUUAUAACCAUGGCUAAUUGUGGUCAGACAGAAGCAAUCAUCCACCAUCCGCAUUGCAACUUAGUUUUUACCUACUCAUUACUAUUCUGUAACCAAAAGAGUAACUGGUGGAAUCGGUUUGAACUUUGGAUGUUUUCAGUUAACAGAGAAUUUCUUGUGCAGAUGGUCUCUAAGCCACAUUAAGAUGAUAGAACAGCGUAUUGUAAGAGGUAGGUUCUUUGUACAAAACAAACCCAGUUGUAAAGAAACGGGCCAGUGUUGUAACAAUGCUUUAUAUGAAUGGAUUAUGACCUUCAUUAACACGAAGGGUUCAUGCCUAA